GUCCACCAAAGACGAGAAUAUGGCGUUUAAAGCCAGUGUCAUUGUCGCCGAUUCAAGACCGUUCUUCUGAUUUGCCUUUUCCUCGUCUCGUCAUUCCCUUUCAUUAUAUCAGUCUGUGACGUGGCUGUGUGUAUGGCCAACCGCUCUUCACCUAACCCUCAACCCAUACCUACUCUGACUUCCUUUUCUCCUCGACCCCUCCACUCCAUACCGGGAUAUUUCUUUUAUCUUGACGCUGUGCUGUAACAGAGAAGCUAGCCACUUUGGUUACUUACUGUACGUUGCGCAUCAUGUCGAACCCCCUUGCCGAUGGUGGUAUUCCCACCCUGAAUGGCGUGUACCCGUCUGAGUCAAAUGAAAAGGUGACGACGAUUCCCAACCCGGAAAACGACCAGCCGGCUGCGUCGGAUCAACCGCAAUUGCAGGAUAUGAUUAACGGGAACAAUGGCCAGGAGCGACCUCAGAUGCCAGACCGUGAUUUUGAUUCCAGCAUCUCUACCAGCAAUGCCGACUUUGAUGAUCUGAUGCUCUCAACUAAUGGGAUGUCUAAUGACAAGCCCAAUGGAGUGCACAACGGACAUGCCAAUAAUUCAGCAAAAAGCUAUGCCGAAGUUGCUGCCGAAGGGGAAGAAAAUGACGGCAAAAGCCAAGAUACAGAUGAUCUCGAUAAAAGUUACGCCGAUGUCGUAGCAAACCGAGACGCGAAAGAUAGUAGAGGUGAUGAUGGUUGGACUUACCCCAAGCUGCCCAUCACCGCCCAGCCCAAGGACCUCAAAAGUGCGAGCUGGCGCGCUGGAGGAAUCCGCUUUGCGCCUCUACGAGUACCCAUGAGGCGACGGUCUCAGACAGCAGCAGUUUUGUUUCAUUGCAUGUCUAUUGCCACAUUGGUUUCGGCCUUUUGGUUGAUUUGCGCCAACCCACUUGCCUGGCCUAUUAUUAUCCCUUAUUUAAUUCAUCUUGCUCUAUCAACUGCCGGUACUAAUGGCAACUUGACAUACCGCUCAGAAUGGGUUCGAAGCCUGAAGUUGUGGAAACUUUUCGCUGGAUAUUUCCCCAUGAAGUUGCACAAAACGCACGAUCUGCCUACCGAUAGGAAGUACAUUUUUGGAUACCAUCCCCACGGUAUCAUUUCCCAUGGUGCCUUUGCCGCUUUUGGUACCAAUGCCCUUGGAUUCCGUGAGCUCUUCCCUGGGAUCACAAACACGUUACUUACUCUAGACUCCAACUUCCGCCUCCCCUUCUAUCGCGACUACAUCAUGCUUCUUGGCCUGCAGUCAGUGUCGAAGGAGUCGAUCUGGAAUCUGCUUUCCAAGGGUGGACCCAACAACGAUGGCCAAGGCCGUGCUGUUACUAUCGUUGUUGGGGGUGCACGCGAGUCGCUCGAGGCUCAGCCAGGCAGCCUUCGUUUAAUCCUCAAAAGCCGUAAGGGCUUCGUCAAGAUGGCCCUCCGAACUGGAGCCGACCUUGUUCCUGUUAUUGGAUUUGGCGAGAACGAUCUUUACGACCAGUUAAGCCCAAAGACACACCCAAUCGUUCACCGCAUCCAGAUGAUCCUUCUCAAGGUCUUCAAGUUCACUGUUCCGGCUCUUCAUGGUCGUGGUGUGCUGAAUUAUGAUGUUGGUCUCAUGCCAUACCGCCGGCCAGUCAACAUCGUGAUGGGCCGGCCCAUCCGAGUCGACAAGGCUCAUGGACCUCAGCCAGCUCAGAAGGAUAUCGAUGAGCUGCACGAGCGUUAUGUCCAAGAGGUUGAGAAGUUGUGGGAAACAUACAAGGACCAGUUUUCAGUUGAGCGCAAGACUGAGAUGGAGAUUAUUGCUUAAUUUUACUAUGUACUUACUUAUUGGAAAAGUUCUGGAUGGGUUUCCGUGGGCAACGAACGGUAGGAAACUGUUCACUUGCAGCUGAGCAGAUUGGCUUCGUGCGUCAGCUUUCUAAUCUCAUUUGUCUUUGGGCUAGGCGCUCAGUAUCAGUAUAAGUUAAUAAAACUUGUGAUUUGUAUUACUGUGUGAACUAUCAGUAUUAUAUCCACC